AUCCGCGGAGGGCUCCGAGAAUUGCGCACGCGCACUGACCUCGGCGGGCCCUAGCAACCAGAGCAGUGACAGUAGCAACGGCCGGAAUGGCAAAAGCAACAACAAUCAAAGAAGCUCUAGCCAGAUGGGAAGAGAAAACCAGUCAAAAGCCAUCCGAAGCCAAAGAGAUAAAGCUUUAUGCUCAGAUUCCCCCUAUAGAGAAGAUGGAUGCAUCCUUGUCCACACUUGCUAAUUGCGAGAAGCUUUCACUGUCUACAAACUGCAUUGAAAAAAUUGCCAACCUCAAUGGCUUAAAAAACUUGAGGAUAUUGUCUUUAGGAAGAAACAACAUAAAGAACUUAAAUGGACUGGAAGCAGUAGGGGACACAUUAGAAGAACUGUGGAUCUCCUACAAUUUUAUUGAGAAGUUGAAAGGGAUCCAUGUAAUGAAGAAAUUGAAGAUUCUCUACAUGUCUAAUAACCUAGUGAAAGACUGGGCUGAAUUUGUGAAGCUGGCAGAAUUGCCGUGCCUGGAAGACCUGGUGUUUGUAGGCAAUCCCUUGGAGGAGAAACAUUCUGCUGACGGGAACUGGAUUGAAGAGGCGACCAAGAGAGUCCCCAAACUGAAAAAGCUGGAUGGUACCCCAGUAAUUAAAGAGGAUGAGGAAGAAGAUAACUAACACCACGUUUCCUGCUUUGUGUUAACUUAUUUAAAUGUCAUAAGAACAGUAGAUAAGUUUUGUAUAAUUGUCUAUUUUAAAGAUCCUCUGUGGGUCAAAAGAUUCUUAAGAUAAAACAAAUCUCUCAUUCCUAUCUUUUUUUAAACCUAUUGAGUGUUUCUCCCCCCAAAACAGUAACACCAACUUCAUACAUUCUAGUACUUUUUUUAGAAACUCGAAUUUUCAGUUUUUUGUCUUCAGUCCCAGUUAUGUACUACGUGGCCCCAUCUACCGAAACUUUUAUAGACCAGUCAUUUUUAACAACAAAUAUGGUUCUUUAUUCAGUUUGUUUAGGGUUGUUUUUUUUUUUCAGACCAGGCAUUUAAAUAUAUAUACUUAACUUUUGAAUCUGUAGACCAUCUUUCCUGAAGGUCCAUGUCCUUAUGAUUCAGAAGCACAAAUGUGUCAUGCCUUUGGUUCAGAAGGCAGCACGGUGACAGGAAGAGUUCCUCUUAGAAGAAAUACAGAGCAGUCCUAGAACCAAGACUCCCAAAGUCCAGUUGGAAAAGCUAUGGUGAAAAAAGGAAAAAUUAAUAUCUUGGAGGCCUUACAGCCCAUGUUAUAUGUACUUAUUUGUUUUUCCAAAAAUGUGUGCUUUGUCAACUGGAAUUUAGGUUGUGUUUGUAUACCUGGCCACUUGAGUCACAUGCUGUGAUCUGGGUCAGUGGUUAAAAUGACUGUCACGAUCAUUCCUUUGACCACUACUCUGGUCAUGUUACUCACGUGGACCUGAUCUUAGGCACACUUUUUGGUUUAUAGUCCCUUAUAUGUUAAUAAGGAAAUAUAUGUAAACAUAUAUGUAAGAUAUAUGUAAACAUAUAUCUCUAAUAACUUUGUUCUGUUGACCCUCAUGUUGGGAGAAGUGAUUGCUAUAAAUAAGAAUAUAGAACUUAAAAGACUGCAUCUGAUACCUUUCAAUAGAUUAAAUUUAGAAUCUCAAAAUAUAUUUUUAGAACAUUUCUAAGUUAGCUCUUAAAAUGAAUUAUGUAAGUGAUUGUGGAGGGAAAAGAGAAGAGAUACUUCAUUAUGGGAUCCCAGGCAAAUCGCAGUAUUUUUGAGGAUUGCCUUCUCUAUGAAGUGUGGUAGGUGACUUAACCUCAAAACUGCAAAGCAAUAGUUGGAUACAGAGCUUAGAAUUUGUAAGGAAAAAAAAUCUUUUUGGAAAGUACAAGGUAUAGUAGUCAGUAACCAGAUGAAGUGCAUAGCAGGUCAUGACUGAAUCAUUGACAGAUUGCAGAAAAGAAGUCAGAGGCGCUCUGCCAAAUUGUGCCUAAAGUCCCUCAACCAGAGACUGAUUCUUAUUUCCCCAUUUACUUGUGUAAAAUCAAAGAGGGGAGAGUCAUUUUUUUAAAGUGAUCGCAUAGUCCUGGGUUUCAGAAAACUUCGGCUAUCAUUUAAGUAGGAAUUACGUGAUUUCUCUGAGUCACUCUGAUCUAAAGGGACCACUGCUUUGACAAUCAAUUCUAAAUACAAACAGCAAGAGGAAAAAUUAGUCCAACACUUUAUUAUCUUCCUUUUAGUUCUUCCUUAUAAUCUCAUAGGAAGAAAUCUUUACUCUGGCUUAUACAUUCAAAGCCUAUGGGUAUUUCUUUUGUGAACUGUAGACAAUGAGUAUUCCCCGUGGUGAUGUUUAAGUCCCUCAAACUAGGAGGGAAGAUGAUCUUCGUCACUUGUAGUUUGCACUUCAUCCAGUAGGCAAGCUUGAAGCCAUUUUACUAUGUAUGGAUAUAUUUUCAAAAGUUACUCUGGAAGUGAAUGUAAUAGGAAGGGAUGACUUCAUAUUGAAUCUGUAAAAUGGCUUACGGUGUUGGUGUGUGGUUUUCUGAAUUCUAUAAUAUAGAAACUAAUUUUCUCUGCUUCUCCUUGUUUCUUAAUGUCUUUUAAUCACUGAUAGUUCUCAGAGAAAUGUUAAGGUGCUUUUCUUUGUUCAUUUCACACAAAAUUCAUACUUAGUUUCACUCAACAAAUAUUUGAAUGACUUCUAUGCAUCCUUUUCAUGGAAUUAAAGCCAGAAUCCAUGCCAUUAGAAAAUGGAAGAUAGGGUGUAUGAGUAAGUUCAGAACAUUCUCUCCAGUCAUUCCUUAAAUCAUCCUUUACUUUUGCAAAUUUAGCUGGUAUUAAAUGCCUUUGGUUUAUGGAUUAGAUGGAUUCUCUCUGUGCUCCUGGUUUAAAGCAUUAUGCCAUUUUGGUGGCUCAUUUAAAUUUCUUCUAUUCUCAUAAUGAUAGUAGAGCUCUAGAAUCAGUUCAGCAUUUUAAUUUUUCACAGGUAACUUGAUUUUAGUCUACAAAGGAAUUCAACUUUUCUGUGUUCCCUAACUCUAAGCUUAUGGGUGUAUUACCUGGGUCAGACCUUGAAAGGUUUUUGUGUUCUCUGUUCGUACGAUUUUGUUCCUUUAAACCAGAGUUUCUCAGUCUUGGCACUGAUAACAUUUUGGGUUGGAUGAUAUUGUCCUGUGUAUUACAGGAUGUUUAGCACCAUCUCUGGCUUCACUAGAUGCCAGUAGAACCCCCUGCUUAGUUGUGACAACCAAAAAUGUCUUCAGACAUUACCAUCUGUCCCCUCUGGCAGAGAGGUAGGAACAAAUCCGCCCCUGGUUAAGAACCAGUGCUUUAUACUAACAUUCCUUUUGUCCAGGGUGCAUUUAUUUUCACUCUGUAGUCCUAUAUGCCACUGAGAGUUGUAUGAGAGAAGGCGAUGUAUUUAAUAAUCAUGGAUGGAAGGAAAAUGGUCCUUGGUGUUUUGCUUUUUUGUAAUGGUCAUUUUAAUAACUUUUCAUAUAACAUUAGAAACUCAGGGCUAGAAGGUUCAACUUACAUUUUUCAGCAGGGUCUCAACUUUUAUUUCUUAGCAUUCUUGCUUAUCUUAGGACAGUGAUUAUUAACCUACCUCUCUCUUACUAUAACAGAAUUCAACUUUAUGAUAGAUUUUUCUUUAUCUCUAAAGUUGAACUUUUUGAGUGUGCUUUUAGAAAAUGGACCAUUCUUUAAGUGUUCAUUCUUUAAAUGUUCAUUCAUUGUCCAAUAAUGCAUAGGAUUUUCCAGACUAUAGCAGUCAUUAAAUACAGAAAAAUAUUGUAUAAAAUUUGGCAAAAUUUGGUAAUCAUAUAUGAAAGUUAGCUGGUGUAGACACCAAUUUUCAAUGUGAUCAGAGGAAUGUCUGAUCAUGAUAAUUGGUCACUAACUUGGUACAGUUAUAAGAUACUUAAAUGUGGUUCUUGUGAGGAAAAAAAUUUUGGCUUGAAUAGAUGCUUCUUAUACCUUUUGCUAGUGGUCUGAAGUAGAGUAACAAGGAAUAAGAAAUGAAUUGUAACUGUUGACUUAUUCUCAGAAUUGGUGAUGUGUAAGUGGAAUUGAAGAUCAUCAUCUCUCUGACCCAGAACCUUCCACCUGGGUUUUUCUUAGGACUAAAUAGGAAAAGUGUAGGGUCUAGAAAGGUUGGAUUUAAUCAUUAACUUUUAAAAAUUGGUGUGUGGGGGGGGUGUGUCAAAAUAUUGAUCAUAUGAGUAGUUAGUGUCUCUCUAACUGCAGUCUGUCAGUUUGUGAAGACCUUACAUUGUAAGUAUUGAUAAAGGGAAAAAACUAACUGCUGAACUGAAAGUUAUCCUUUAACUGAAAUUAAUUCCUUUGGCACACAUUUUCUUUAUUUAGGCUGCUUAAUGUGUCUGUGAAUAAUUAAAUAUAAAACAAGAUUCAGUGUAGUGGAGUUGGUGCUUCUGACACAGCUAACUUGACCGUAUUCCUUUACCUUCACUGUAGCAUGAGGUUGUUGUUUUGUUUUUGUAAAACCAUAAAAUAGGUGCAAUAAAAAAAAAGGGUGUGUUUAAAAAAAAAUCACUGAACUUUUAGAAAUCCCACAUCUAAAUCUCCAUUCCUGCCUUUUUAUAAAGUAGUGAGUACAAAGGAAGAAGACUGAAAGAAAAAAUGAGACUGAGUCUUACUUUUUACUAAAUGAAGAAAAACUUUCUCUUGCCACUUAGAGAAGUCAUAACUGGAUUCUAGUUAAUUUCCCAUAUUGGGCUAAAGUGGAGGGGAACCAGCCAACCAAAUUGUGCUCCAGCAAGUUUAACAAGGGGGUGGGGGAGAGUAAACUAUUUUGCAGUAGAUUUGCACUUUAAAGUUAUGAACUGGAUGUUGGUGGAAAGUACUCCCAAAGGGCAGGUAGGUAAGUACCUAGCCUGCAUGUGGAUAUUAGAGAACCCAACUUCAUCCGUGCUCGUUGUAAGCGCACCUGUGCAGUAGUUGUCUGUUGACAUAAUCAGAGUCAGGAUUUCCCUGUUUCCCUCCUUGGUGUCACCUUCCAAGUCUGCUACAUUGACAGUCAUCCCUCUAGGGAAUAUGUCAAGUAGAAUUCUCUUACUCAGAAUAGGAACUUUGUGAGUUAUCUUUCCCACAUCUAGAUUUGAAAAAUUAAUUUAGAUGUUGGUUAAAUUAAGUUGUGGCUCAUGUUACAAGGGUGGGAAGUUCUUUGCUUCUUUGAUCUGCAGGGUACCUGCCUCUGAGGUGCUGUUGCCUGGAGGGAUCAAUCCCAUCCAGAGACUGGUGAGUUGGUAGCUAUAGAGAAUAUACAUAGAGCUAACUGCUUCUCCCAGGGUGUCAGCAUGGUAACGAGCGUCAUUCCAGAAUCUUUGGCCUCUAGAACCAACUCCAUUCUGAAGAACAUUUUAACAUCUAUUAAUACUUUGGUAAUAAUCUUUUAUAUGCAGGAAUUUUGUAGCAUGACUUUAUGACUAAACUUAUUGUGUUAAAUUAUUUAGAAAUGUUGAGUUUCUGAAUGUUAUUUUGUGAGACGUUUUAAAAUAGUAAUAAAUUGUGUUAUUUUAUAAAAAAAAUGUAUCUUUUUUGGUUAUAUGACCAUUAGUUUUAGCUAGUACAGAGCAACCACAUGAACUUCCAAUGACAUUCAAUUCUGAAGAAAUUUGGUCUUUGGAUCAAACUUUCCACACAGCUUGUGUGCAUGUGUAUGAGAGAGAGGGGGAAAGAGAUUGACUCAUUUCUUUUUUUGUUUUUUGUUUUUCCUAUAGUUCACCACCAAUGACAAUCUCCUCUCCCAGGUUUGUAAGUCUUCACCGUAAGUUCUCUGGGCACCAUUUCAAUGAUUAGUGUCCUGGUGAGUGCUUCCCAGGACAGCAAGUGACUACCGCACUUGGCCAUUCCUAGUACUCUCCUCACUAGUAGGGUACAAGGUUAAGAUGGGUUGAUAGGCCCCUGAUGUGUGGUCUGGAAUAAACCUGACAUUGGCUAGCCCUUUGUGAUACACAAGAAACAGGGAAGAACCCAAUUAUAGCCGUAACAUUACACAUUGUCUCAGCACAUAUUCUGUGCUACCGGCUGAAUACAAUUUUGGUCUCAGAAUGGUACCGUAGUGCAGUUUCUACUUCUUUAUUCCACAGUUUUUUGGUUAUAAGGAUGUUUUUUUCUGCUGUCCUCCUUUAAAAAGCAGGUUUUAAUUUCUGAGCCUAUAAAGAGAAAACCUUAAUUCAGAUUAGAAACAGCUCAUUAUUUUUAGUUCAUUACUUUCUAGAAUAAAGGGUGGCUGUCUAGAAUCCUGACAUGUAUACCAUAUAUAUGUAUUAUAUAAAUAUAUAUGUAUGUAUAUGUAGAUAUAUGAUUAUUAUAUAUAAUAAAAGAAUCCCAAGUGAUAACCCUCCUUUCUAAAAUGCAGUCAACUCUGCGGCUAUAAAAAGGUGUAUUCCUAUGUACAGACAUAGAAGGAUGCCUAUAACAUUGGGUGAAAAAAAUGAAGACCACAAUCAC